UAGAAGCGUAAGACUGAUAUGUUUCUGGAGUGCAGGAAUCUGUUGGUAACAUUUGUGUUAAAAACGGCGGUUUUCUUCGGAAAAAAUGGACACUCUGAAUAAGCUAAAACAGUUUGACGCUUAUCCUAAAACUCUGGAGGAUUUCCGAGUGAAGACAUGGGGAGGAGCGACAGUGACUCUCAUCAGUGGCGUCAUCAUGUUAAUCCUGUUUGUCUCUGAGCUUCAGUACUAUCUGACUAAAGAGGUUCAUCCUGAACUCUAUGUUGACACGUCGCGAGGAGACAAACUUAAAAUCAACAUCGAUGUCAUCUUUCCUCACAUGCCGUGUGCCUACCUCAGUAUAGAUGCAAUGGAUGUAGCCGGUGAGCAGCAGCUGGAUGUUGAGCACAACCUGUUCAAACAGCGACUGGACAAAGACCAGAAACCUGUCACCACUGAAGCAGAAAAACAUGAGCUCGGUAAAGCAGAUGAUGGGGAAGUGUUUGACCCAAGCACACUGGACCCUAACAGAUGUGAGAGCUGCUAUGGAGCUGAGACUGAUGAUCUCAAAUGCUGUAACACCUGUGAUGAUGUGCGGGAGGCGUACCGACGGCGAGGCUGGGCAUUCAAAAGUGCAGAUACGAUCGAGCAAUGUAAGAGGGAGGGCUUUACGCAGAAGAUGCAGGAGCAGAAGAAUGAAGGCUGCCAAGUUUAUGGCUUCCUAGAGGUCAACAAGGUGGCAGGAAAUUUCCACUUUGCUCCAGGCAAAAGUUUUCAGCAGUCACAUGUUCAUGUGCACGCUGUGGAAAUACACGACUUGCAAAGUUUUGGCUUAGACAAUAUAAACAUGACACAUUUGAUAAAACACCUGUCAUUUGGCAAGGAUUACCCUGGCAUUGUGAACCCUCUGGAUGAGACAGAUGUCACGGCACCACAAGCAUCCAUGAUGUACCAAUACUUUGUGAAAAUUGUUCCCACCAUCUAUGUUAAAACUGAUGGAGAGGUGGUAAAAACCAACCAGUUCUCAGUCACCAGACAUGAAAAAGUGGCUAACGGGUUAAUAGGAGACCAGGGGCUCCCGGGGGUCUUUGUUUUAUAUGAGCUGUCACCCAUGAUGGUUAAGUUCACAGAGAAACACAGAUCAUUUACACACUUUUUAACAGGAGUUUGUGCCAUUAUCGGGGGUGUAUUUACAGUGGCUGGUCUGAUUGAUUCGCUCAUCUACCACUCAGCUCGGGCCAUCCAGAAGAAAAUAGAGUUGGGGAAGGCUUCUUAACAGCGCCCUCCCACCCUGCCACUAGCCUCCAUUGGUGCAACACAGACAUCGACACAAAGACAGAAGAACCUAGAAAUCGAAAGACCGAAGAACCAGAGUGGGAACAGAAGUUUGUUUUCUGUCUUAAAAAGCACUAGAGAUGGACUUCUGUUUUGGAGUUUAUUGCUCCAUUGAAAGUGGCUGCCAACAGGACAGGGACCGCAGGAGAGGCUUUCUCAUCCAUUUAGAUCCAUCCGUCCGAUUUCCUGUGGAGAUAUUAAAAGAUUACUUCACACAAGAAUUUGUUUUCCUGUCAGGUACUCACCCCAGACCGAAGGAGGAACAUUUUAAGUCAUACAACUCUGGAAAAUGCUUUUACUAUUUAUAGGUAAGGGUUUGAGGAAACAGAACAUAUUUGUUUAUUGUAUAAACUACUGACAUCAUUUCUCUUAUAUUCCAAUUACAAAUACUGUUAUUUGUGUAGUUAUGUAUAAGAAAUGACAAUUGUUUGAAAGAACAAAGCAUUAAGUUUUUUCAGUUUUCAAAUAACGCAAAAAAACAAAAACAAGUGAUUAAUUUCGAAACAACAUAAUACUAUUGUUUUAACUUACGAAGACUAUACAAAUCAGUAUUUGAUGGAAUAAUCCUGAUGUUCAUUAACAGCUUUCGUGGGUUAUGGCUUGCUCCUCACUGGGGCUGAGCAAUACGACUAUCUCAGAAUUAGGUUGCAAUAAAAUCUGAAAUAACAUUAAAGCAGCACAUGACUUUCACCACCAAUUUUUCAUCAGAUCUGUAAAACCCUAGUCAUAGCCUAAGUAUCACGAAUCCGUUAGUCCUUCUGUGAUUACUCACCUGAAUCUCUUCCCUCAUGGUGAACAACUUCAAAGUGUACUACGCCAAAAACAGUCCAUUUGUUUACAAACAGAGCCAGUAGGUCACUUGGGCAUUUUCGGAAUUUUGUCAUGACAUGCAUUGUGGGAAGUGGAAGUUCACACAGCUGCAUUAUGGCUGAAGCAGCCUGGCAGGAAACGCAUGGCUAAAGCUCCGCUUCCUACAAUGCACGUUGCAACAAAUUUCUGAAAAUGCCUGAGUGACCUACUGGCUCUGUUUGUAAACAAAUGGUGGAGUACACUUCGAAAUUGUUCACCGUGAGAGAAGAGAUUCAGGUGAGUAAUCAUGGACAGACUAAAGGAUUCGUGGUAUUUAGGCAAUGACUCGGGUUUUACAGAUUUGAUGAAAAAUUGGUGACGAAAGUCAUACGCUGCUUUAACAUAAAUGUAACACCAAUGAUGCAGAUUUGGACACAUCUACUCAACAGAGAUAGUGUCAAACAGAGGAAAUAAAUGUGACAUCUGUGCUACAAAUCUCCAAAUCUGGGUACAUGCUCUGUUUGGGAAGUCAGUUUAGGAAGGAUAAAUGGCAACACCAAAAUAAUACUGAAGUAAAAGGCUUGUUUCAAUUCACAUACAGAUGCAUUGUUUCUGUUCUGCUGUAUGAGUUAAAAACACACACAGGUUGUAGUGGGGGAUGCAUUCAGUGCACCUUGUCAACUCUGAAAUAUCUCUUGUUUUGAACAGCAAAACACAUAAAAUGGCACUAUGAAACAAAUCGCUGUAUUGAAGAACACCUUGUAAAUUCAGUUAUCUUAUCUGAAAUUGCCUGUAAUCUUUCAAACAGGAAAGCAUAUGUUUUUACACUGAGAGCAUGAGACUUUCCUGCAUUACUAUUCUAAACUGUAGACAGUAAUCCUUUCUAUGGCUUCCAGGCAUUAGCAGGACACUCUAUGACUUUCACAUUACUACUGGAGCUAAAAUACUUAGUCUGGUUUUGUUUGGCAGCUUGUGGCCAUACAUGUUCCUCUGGGUGACAUUCCAGAGGGUUUCAGUGGAGUUCUUUUCCCGAGUUGUAUUUCUGAACGUACAUUCAUCACAAGAUAAGAAAAACAGGCCAAGUCUAUUGUGAGGUGUUAUCAGUAAAUCCCACAUGCAGACCAAUGCAACUGUGAAUUGAUCUCUUUACAAGUAUCUACAGCAUGAUAUGUUUGUCCUCUCUGCUCUUCAGCUGUUAAAACUCAGCUGUGAGUCACACUGCUGCACUAGGUUACAGGCUCCUCUAUUACUAUGAACACACACUGUGUUUUAUUUAGACUCAUUUACUGCUGCCAUUAAUGUUCACAACAGCACCUCAUGUGGCUGAAAAUAAUCUCUAGGUUGAGUAACAGAUUGCAGUGACUUGUUAAAAUAUGAUUUUCAAAACUUCAGCAGAGAACAAUGGUCUCACAGCUAAUGAAUGGGACUAAUGCUGUUUAUGAUAAAAAAACAAACAAACAAGUUUUUAUUGAGUAUCACCAGACUUGUUAUAAUUUGCCUCCACAUGCCAUUUUCACAAUAACAUUUUGUACAAAAAGCCAUGUUCAAAAGCAAGCUGGACCUGAAAGAGUUUAAAGAUAAAUUAGUUUUAGAUUCUUAGCUUAAUGUCAUUGACAAAAUGUCAGAAACAUUUUAUCAGAACCUUUGUUCUUUUGAAUGUGGCAAAUAGAAUCACUUUGAUAUGAAACACUCUGGGUGGCAUGUUGCCUUUAAGAUUUAAAUGUAAUUGAAUCAGGAUAAUUUUCUUUGUAAGCAGCUACUGACACUACGCAGCAAGAUUCUUUUUUCUUUAAAAAGAUCUUGUGUCAUGAAAUUACUCAGAGGGCUGAACUUUUUCAUAGACAACAGAAUAAUUCCAUUCAUUGACAGUCUGACAGGUUUUUGGGUGCAGUUAAAAAAAAAAAAAAAAUCUGGACAGCUGUAUUCAUCUUAUUCACAGCUGUGGCAUUUUCUGGCAUCAAAGGGUGACGUGAACUACAAAGCUCCUGAUUGGCUGCACUGUUUUUCCAGCCUGGCAGUAAAACACCUCACCUGCCUUUGUCAGUGAACCAAUUAGAAAUAUGGGAUGUACUGUUCUAAUAUCCUCAAUAUCCCAGUGUCCUUAAAAGGACAUUUGAACACUGGAAUUCUCCAAAAGACUAAAUCCUUUGGAAAUUUUUCAAGGAUGCUACAGACUCUGAUUAAGAUCACUUUAUCCCCAAGGGGCAGUUCAGUUUGCAGACAUGGGUCACAGCACAGGACAGGACAUUAGCCACAUUCCAAAAUACACACAGAUCUGUCACUGUACAGGACAGCUGAAGGGUCCAGCCAUAAAGUGCAGCAGUGACAAAGUGCAACAAUAGCAAUAAAUAGAUAAAAUAGAUU